AUGGGCGACGUCCUGGUCCCACCUGAGAUCACCGCCGAGCUCACCCAGAUUCUCUCCAACCUCGUCCUCGGCGACAGUGCCAUCCGCACCAGGCAAGUCCUCCGCUCCGCAUCGAUCCUCUCCUCUCCCUCUGCUAAACGCGUCUGCCUCCGCAGUGCAGAGAAGGCGGUCAACGACCGCCUCGAGCAGACCCCGGAGCUCUACCUGCUUGCGAUUGCCCAGUUUGCCACCUCUGCCAACACCAAGCUCAUGCGCUCCUUCUCUCUCAUCCUCCACCACCGUCUCCUCUUCCGCCCACCCUCGCCGAACCGUCUCGUGCUCUACGACCAACUCUCCGCACCCGCCAUCGCCACCCUCGAGCGCAUACUUCUCCACUCGCUCCUCCAUGAACCCGCGCCCGUCGUCUGCCACAAAACGGUCGACACCGUCACCGAUCUCUCCAACUGCCCCAUGAAGCGCGGCCGCCCGUGGCACACAUUGCAGUAG